AUCAGGAAACCGGAUAAACUACAUUACAUUUACAUUUACGUCAUUUGGCCGAUGUUCUUAUCCAGAGCGACUUACAUUUCUAUAUUUUAUACAUCUGAGCAUCUGAGGGUUAAGGGUCUUGCUCAAGGGUCCAACAGUGGUAGCUUUGCAGUGCAGGGGCUUGAACUCCUGACCUUCUGAUCAGUAACCCAGAACCUUCAACCACCGAGCCAACACUGCCACUGCCCUAUUAGUAGAAGGAACAAGAUUAUAAGGAAAUGUAACCACACAGUCAGUAUCACAAUAGUUAACAUUGUAUCACAAAUUUGCUUAAAUUUAAAUAGUAACCUAAAACUAAUGCAGAAUGUUGAAUAUAAAAAAUUCCAGACAUUGAAUAUUUCCUUUCAUUGUUUUAAAUAAAUAAAUAAAUAAAUAAUAAAAAAAAACUGUUCACUUCUGAUGGAAAAAAAUCCCAGAUUUCCCGUGUGGUCUUAGACAUUUGGACUGGACUGCAUGUACGUGAAAACAUUUUCACACUCUGAAUGAUGUUGGCCUUUAUAACAGUAUUAGCAAAGACAGAUCAGGACCUGAGAGUGAGAUAUUGUAAAGAACAGAGUCUUACAGAACAGGCAUUGAGCAGGACCCGAUCAGGGCUAAACUCAGGAAGGGGAAGGAGCAGGACCCAAAGCUAAGACAGAACAAAAAGCAGUGCUUAAUAUUGAGACAAAGGCAAUGAUCAGUACCUAAAACCAAGUAAGGAGCAGGGUCAAAGACUAAGGCAGGACAAGGAGAAGGGCCUGGUGAGCAACAGUGCAUGCAGCAAUGGUCUAUCAGGCCAUAUUCUACAUUUGCACAGUACAUCAGCAUGAAGACUGCUUAGUAAAUGUGAGUCCCACAAUUAUUCCUGUGUUGGGUUGAAUGCUUGUGGCCAUUGUGCUGUUCAGAGAGUUAAACAAGUUUCCUUAUAAUGAAUACAGAAUAUUCUGUUUUAUAUGUAUUUUAUAUGAUACCAUCUCUGUUUUACUAUAUCUAGGUCUAAGUUCUCCUGACACACCAGAAACAUAUUAUUAUUAUCCCCCAGUAAAAGAAAUGGGCACAGCUACUGGGAACAAUCCCUCGCAGACCAUAGAGGAUACAACAAAGCAAACGUGCAAAAUCAAGAAAAAUAAGAAGGAAAAGAAAGAAAAACAUCUGCAUAUGAAAGUUAAUUAUGAAAAGAAAGAAAAGAAUCUGGAAGCAAGAGAGAUUGCUGUAGAAAAGAGAGAAACCCAUCAGGAUAGAAGAGAAAUUCAUCUGGAAGAGAGAGAAAAGCAUCUGAAUGAAAAAGAAACGAAUUUAGCAGAAAAAGAAAAGCAUCUACAACAAAAAGAAAUUACUUUGCAAGAGAAAGAAAAGCAUCUGGAUGGAAAAGAAGUUCAAUUUGAAGAAAAAGAAAAGCAUCUGAAUGGAAAAGAAAAGAAUUUAGCAGAAAAAGAAAAGCAUCUACAGCAAAGAGAGAUUAAUUUGCAAGAGAAAGAAAAGCAUCUGGAUGGAAAAGAAGUUCAAUUUGAAGAGAAAGAAAAACAACUGUUUGUAAGAGAGAAUAAUUUGGUGAAAACAUCAAAAUAUCUAGAUGGAAGAGAGACUCGCUUGCAAGAGAGAACAAAACAUCUGGAAGAAAAAGACAUUUCUUUAGAAGAAAGCUUAAAGCAUCUGUUGGGGAGAGAGAAUAGUUUGCAAGAGAGAACAAAACAUCUGGAAGAAAAAGAAGUUUCUUUAGAUGAACGUUUAAAGCAUCUGUUGGGGAGAGAGAAUAGUUUGCAAGAGAGAGGAAAGUGUCUGGAUGGAAGAGAGGUUCAACUGGAAAAGAGGGAAAUGCGUAUAGAUAGAAGAGAGAGUCGUGUGGAUGAGAGAGAACAGCGCCUGGAGGGAAAGGAGAUUCGUUUGGAAGAGAAAGAAAAAAAUCUUGCACAACAUGACCUGAGACAUCUUAAUUCUGCAGAUAGAGAAAAUGAAAAACAGGAAAGAAGUUCAUUCAUGAAAAGUUCCAAGAAGCAAAAGAGAGAACAUCCUGAUGAAGAAGAGAAAGAGCACUCUGUUGAUGAGUAACCCAUUCAGUGCAGAAACAGACAGUAGACCUGUGCAUGAACACCGGCUGGAAGAAGAAACCUUCAGGUGGAAGAAGAGGAAGAAAUUAGUACCUUACCUGAAUAUAUACUGGAUCUGUACGAGACUUGAAUAGAGAUCAGAACAUUAUUCUGAUAAUAAUAUUUUUAACAGAGGCCACGUUAAAAUAAAGAGGACACAAACUCAACAGUCGAGCAUGAACAACCACUUAUCAAAACUACUUAAUAUUAUGUGUGUCCUGUGAACCGAGCAGCCAGCCAAAUUCCCAUUCCUGAGUCAGGCAACAAAACUGUAAAAAACAAACAAACAAAAAACUUGCUGAUACGAUAUACGCCUGUGACGUUUAUGUGGAAAAAAAAACUAAAGUAAAAAUUAGGUGUUUUUGUUUUUUUUUUUUUUAUUUUUAAAAAAAUACUUUUUAAAAAAUAUUUUUUUAAAUUUAAAUUUAAUUUUAAUGAAAUUUAACUUUAAUUAAUUAAAAAAAAAUUUUAAUACUUACAUACAUACUGUACAUACAGUACUGUGCAAAAGUUUUAGGCAUAUGCAAAGAAAUGCUGAUGCCUUCAAAAUACUGAAAUACAGUAAAGAGCAGUAAACAGUAGUAAAUGAAACAAAGUCAAUAUUUAGUGUGACAAAAAAUAAAAAUAAAAAUAGUAGUCUCAGGUAGAGUUAGUGCAGUUUUAUAAGGAAAUGAGCUGUAAGCUUUAUUGAGCAUCUUGCAGAAUGCCGCUUUCUUUACUGAUGAACAUUUUUCUGUAACAUUUAAUUCUGUGCUGGAAAACUAAAGUUUGGGAAUCUAAAAUGUGUUUGUACUGACUCGAUAUGUCGAAGUCAUCAAAUAAAAAUCUGUAACAA